GGCGCCGUCUGUGCUGUCUGUCAGCACUGUUGCUAGGAGGCGGCUGUUAGCUCCGAAGGUAGAAAAUGUCCGAAAACUUAGUGUUUUAUUCAGAAACUAAGUGCAUCAUUGAGACCGUCAUUAAGACCGCUGUCGAUGUCGGAAAUUCCAAAGAAGAUAUAUUAACUACGGAGCCUGAUAUGAGACGUGAGACCGAUUUUGACAGCAUCCUGGAAAUGUUGGCACGGGAGGCAACAAGAAAGAUCAACGCCAUCUUCUCCCAGCUGUCCUCAACGCUGCACAACGAAAACAAGAGUCUGAAGGCCAAAGCAGUGCGUCUAGAGAGCGAGCUGAAGGUCACGACUGAAAACUUUGAAAAUGCCAGAAUGUGGAGGGAAAACGUCCUGAAUGGCUGCCCGGUUCUGUUCGAGCAGACCGGGAUGAUCUUCACCUUGAAGCCCUUCGGGACGUUAAAAAGAAAGGCAGAUAAAGUGACGGAGGAAGUCCCAGAAACAGCGCCCGCUGCUGGCAUGGAGAGUGGACAUGAUGCAGAUGUUGAAGAGGCAACGAAGGAGGGCACUUUUGUAGCUGAGUCUUCAGCGGCCAAUCAACGAGAAACUGCAGAGGAUUCCUCCACGACGAACACGGCAGAAUCUGAAAACACCGACAGCCAAAAAGCACCAGAAGCGUCUGUCAGGAGCAAAGGGAAGUCCUUUGUAUGCGAAGUCUGCAACAAGAGCUUCAACCGCCGGUUUCAUCUGACGAAGCACAUGAACACUCACAGAGAGCAGAGGCCGUUCGCCUGCGACCAGUGCCCGAGGAAAUUCAGGAAUGGGGCGACCCUCGAGCACCACCUGCUGAGGCACGAGGAGAGGAAGUACGCCGCCUUCAAGUGCACGCUCUGCGGGAAGACGUUCAAGACCAAAAUGUACCUUAAGACCCAUCAGCUCGUCCACACGGAUGCGAGGUCCUUCGUCUGCCCCAUCUGCGGGAAGGCCUUCAAAACCAAGCACGCGCUGGGGGCCCACCAGGUCGUCCACACCGUGGAAAAGCCGCACAAGUGCUCCGAGUGCGGGGAGAGCUUCCGGUACGCGUUCACGCUGCAGUGCCACAAAAGCGUCCACACUGGGGAGCACCCUUACAAAUGCUCGGUGUGCGGCAAAGCUUUCAUCAGAAGGAGGUCGCUCCGGACGCACCAGUCCGUCCACAGGGGGAAGAUGUUCACGUGCGAGAUGUGUGGAGCGGGCUUCACCCUUCAGCACAACUUGAAGAGGCACAUCCGCAUCCACACGGGCGAGAAACCCUUCAAGUGUGACGUGUGCGGGAAGAGCUUCGUUCAGAACAAGCUGAAAGCGCACAUGCUCCUCCACGGCGCCGCAAAGUCCUUCAUGUGCGACCUGUGCGGCAAGACGUUUCUCUACAACUGCCAGCUGCAGAGGCACCAGAAAGUAACCCACGACGAAAGACACGGCCAGGUCGUCAGAAAACAAACCCGAGGCAACCGGCGAGUCAUCUACCGGCAGGACAAAACCACCUUGGACAUGACGCCGUUCAGCUGCGGGACCUGCCGAAAGGGCUUCAACACGGCGAGCUCGCUGAGGAGACACGAGCUCAUUCACACGGGGCGGAUGCAGUACAGCUGCGACGCGUGCGGGAAGUCUUUCUUCUACAAGGCCACGUACGACUACCAUCGACGGAUCCACUCGGGGGAGCGUCCGUUCGGCUGCGGCGUGUGCGGGAAGAGGUUCAUCAUCCGCCAGGCCCUCAAGUCCCACGAGCUGCAGCACUCCGGGGAGAAGCCGCACAAAUGCGAGCAUUGCGGCAAGGCCUUCAGGAUCUACACAAACUACCUGAGGCACCUGCGGGUCCACACGGGGGAGAAGCCCUACGAGUGCGAGGUGUGCGGGGUGAGGUUCAGGCAGCUCGGACACGUCAAGUUCCACAUGCAGGUCCACACGGGAGAGAGGCCGUACUCCUGCGGCGGCUGUGGACUCGGGUUUUCAGACUCGAGGCUGCUCAAGAGACACAACUUUUUACAAACCAUCAACAAACAGAAGAGGAACAUCCGUGUUCGGACAGGUGGUGCUGUGAGGAUGUCAGGUGUGGAGGCCCAGGUGAGCUGCGUCCUGGAGGUGAUGGUGGAAACCACGAUGACAGAAAUCACCAAAGUUAUCGGCGGAUCCGCUUCAACACAUCCAGAAGUGUCUUCAUGUAUGAAGGAGGCGGUGAUCCAGCUCAGCGUCUUCAUGACGUCUCUGGCUCGAGAAGCUGUGGAGAAGAUCUGCCAGCUGUUCCUCGAGUGUUCCUCUCUGCUGCAGUUAGAAGUGACGCAGGGUGUUGUAGAGAUCGAGGACCUGAGGAAGAGACUGGAGGUGGCAGAGACGGAGCUGAAGCUGGUGAUGGAGGGCAGCGGAGGCCAGAAGGAGGUGGAGGAGCUAGCGGAGGAGAGCGGCGGAGAGAGGGAGGGCGGGGGGGCUCCGACCAACGGAGGAGGAGAAGGAGAGACUGUCCAGAGCCAGCGAUCAGGGAGGAAGAGUCGCAGAGUUGUGGCUUGUGGUGAUGCUGGAGUGAAGAGAUCACCUAUAAUUCACCUUUGGAAAGGCAGAAUUUAUGAGGACUGUGUCCAACCUGUGAUAAUAAAGGAGGAAGGACUGGAGGCGUUCGCUGACCAGGCGUCCUCUGAUUCCGGUCAGUACAGAGACGAUCCAGGCCACGAUGACGAUGACGACCCAGACUACCAGUUGGAGGCGGAAGAUCCAGACGACGGCGAAACAGGAAUAACUGCCCGACCCAAACGUGUUGCGAAGCCCCCAAAGUCCCAUCGGGGUCGAGCGAAGAGGGAGAGCCAUGGCCAGCAGCCUCUGAGCUGCAAACACUGCCGGAAAACCUUCACCAAGCUGCUGCAGCUCAAGGCCCACCAGGCCGUCCACGGGGCCAACGCCGAGAAGGCCUUCCACUGCCCUCAGUGCGGCAGAGGCUUCUCGUUCCAGCGAAGCCUCAACGCGCACAUGCUGCUUCACACGGGGGAGAGACCACACACCUGCGAUGUUUGUGGAAAAGGUUUCACCCUGAAGCAGCUGCUGAGGAACCACCAGCGUCUCCACGCCGAGGUCCGCCCGUUCCGCUGCGAGCAGUGCGGUAAGAGCUUCUACCGAGCCCACGGGCUGAAGAUGCACCAGAUGGUCCACACGGGGGAGCGGGCCUACAACUGCCAGUACUGCAACAAAAGCUUCACCAUACAGGGCAACCUGCAGCGCCACCUGCGCAUACACACGGGCGAGAAGCCGUUCCGGUGCGACACCUGCGGCAAGAGCUUCAACCAGGCCGACACCCUGAAGGGCCACCAGCGGAUCCACACCGGCGAGCGCCCCUUCAGCUGCGAGACGUGCGGCAAGUGCUUCAUCCAGAAGAGCGCACUGAAGAUGCACCAGAAGAUGCACUCUGGCGAGAGGAAGCCGCUGGCGUGCGUCGCGCGUGCGGCGCCGCGGUGGCCUGCGUCGACUCGUCGCAAGCACCUGCUGACGCACGCAGCGGCCAUCCCGUGCACGUGCGUGCUCUGCGGCCGGCGGCUGGGCUCCAUCACGGACCUGCGCUCGCACCAGCAGCACCACACGGUGGACCGGCCGCACAGCUGCGGGCUGUGCGGGAAGAGCUUCAAGUCGUCCAGCUACCUGAAGAUCCACCUGAAGACGCACAGCGGAGAGAAGCCUUUCUCCUGCGACAUCUGCGGCCGCAUGUUCACGCAGCACAGCAGCCUCAAGUCGCAUCAGGUCGUCCACACCGGAGAGAAACCGUUCAGCUGCGACACGUGCGGGAAGUGUUUCAGCAACACGGGCAACCUGAACAGACACCAGCGCAUCCACACGGGGGAGAAGCCGUUCAGCUGCGAAACGUGCGGCCGCAGCUUCAACCAGGGCAACAGCCUGAAGGCCCACCAGCAGAUACACACCGGGGAGAAGCAGUUCAUGUGCGACAAGUGCGGGAAGAGCUUCUCCUACCUGAGGAACCUGAAGGACCACAAGUGUUUCUACGUCUGAAGCUGAACCCUGAAGAGACGUCCGCCCCGGUGGAAGAGCGGGUUGAAGAAGGCUUCCCUGUGCCUGUCGAGGAAUGAACCAGUGGAUGGAUAACUAGGAACUGGGGCUUCGCUGUUGGCCCUAAAUUAACAAGCAUUUUUUUUAUGUGAUAAAUUUAGGGCGUUUACAUGACUUGCAGUGGGCACAAUUUGAACGAUGGCUUGAAAAAAAAUGUCAGAAGGUCGGAACUAAAAUAUUUGAAGCUCAUGUCGCCCUGAAUUGAAAACAUGGACAAAGUUAAGACAAAAUGCAGCCAUCAGGGUUUAUGCAGGAAUCCUGAAGUGAAAUGUGAUACCUUUUUAAGAUCCUCUUUUUGAGACCGUUUCCAUACAUUUUAAAAUCCCAAUACUUUGAGUUCUAAAUGGUUGCAUUAGCGACAAUAUUUAACUGUACAUUGAUUGUAAGAUAGCAACUAAACAGUCUUAGUUUGUGAGGACUUCUUGGAUCACUGUAUCAGUGCAACAUAAUUCAGAUAGACAAGGUGGGAACAAAGCACUAGAACAUGAAACACUACUGUAAAGUAUGAGGCAAAUUCAAUUACGUGAUUAAUAUUAUAAUGCUUUAUAUUUGAGCAAUUAUUUGCCGAUGUCAAUGAUUUUUGGAUUUUAUUCUGAAUUGUGACCCAAUUUCUAAAAUCAGUUUCAAUAUGAGCCCUAUGGAUUAUUUUCAUUAAUAAUCUGUCUGUCACUGAUGCAACUUGUCUGACACAGCAGCAAAUCAUCAUGAGACAAAACAACAUCCUGGACACAAGUGCCAAAGAAAAACUUAAAUUUCCUCAUUAGCUACUUUAACAGACAAAUUUCAUUUGCAAAGUCACAUGGUAUCAUGGAGAGAAACCUGCAUCUACCUGGAGCCUUUUGGUUUUUAUCUGAAAGUAUUUGUAAGCAGAAUUUGCUGGCAGAUGUCCGAAAAGUCUGACAGAAAGUUUAAGAAAAUAACUGUCAGUUUACUUUUUUCAGCUUGUUUUACAAGAAGUACAGAAAAAAAUCAGCCUGUAGGAUUUGAAGUUGGGUACUACAACAAAAAGAGUUCAAAUUGUUAGCACCACAAUUGUAAGUGCAGACCCCUUAUAAGAAAUCAAGUGAUUAGGCUUUUAUAGUCACUUCAAUUGACGUUUUUGACUCCGUGACCAAUGUGGCACAUUGAUUUAAAAGCUUACAACGGUUUCAUUACUUUCCCCACUUUUGUUAGAGGUGUCAUAAACAAACCAUUCACAGUUAAAUUAAGCAGUAUUUUGCCGACAGAUCUAGGCUGUAAAAUCUGUGACUGACUUAUUUUAUUGUAUGCAGCUUUUUUUAGGAUUUUUAAACAACAUUUAAGGUUGUAAGACUGGUAUUUUUAAAGGUUAAACCAACUUGAACUGUGAUUUUGUUUUCUAGUUUCGGAUGAUGAUCUCCAAUAGAUUAAUGAAAUCCAACAGAGUUUUUGGAAACAGAGUUGCCUUGUGUGCUUUGGAAGAGAUGAUGCGCUGACUGAGAACAAUACCGAAAUGGUUAUUUUUAUUUGUAACUUCUCUUGGUGAGUGUAUGUUUGUUUAAUCUCAACUUUGUGACUGUAAGUGAAACCGAUAAACAAUGAA